AAAUUUUAAAGGAGUUUUAAAACGUUAUGGCAUCUGCACCGAAUAUGGAUAAUACUGGAGCUGAAAAGAUGCAGCCACCGCCUUAUUCUGGUCCCUACCCGGGAGCAGAAAAUCCGCAAGCAGCGGGGGUUCCGUAUCAAGCUGCACCCCUAAACCCCAAUCCUGGAUACCCCCAACCCCCACCGGCCCAGGGGCCAGGGGGUUACCCUCAACCCCCACCUGCCCAGGGGCCAGGAAGUUACCCUCCGCCCCAGGGGGGUUACCCGGGCGCCCCUUCAAUUCAAAUUUAUCAACAACAACAAAACCAACAACAGCAGUAUGGGGGACCGAACCAAGUCACUUAUGUAACAACUACCACUAACAAUUCAUCGUUCAGUGGAAUGAAAGCAGCUAUUCCUGUUAUGCCGAUGUGGUGUGCAGUUACUCUGUGCGUGGUCAAUUGUCUUUUUCCUGGAUUGGGUACCAUUAUCGCUUCUUUCACCGUUUUCUGUUGUGCGAACGUUGGACAGCAAACAAGUUCUAGCUGUGGAAUAUUCUGCUUGAACUUUUGGGUUGGCUGGCUACAAAUGAUCACAUUGUUUGUUUUCCUCAUUGGUUGGGUAUGGAGCAUCAUGUGGGGAGUUUUAUUCAUUGGACUUGCAACCGAAUACGGAAAGCCGCCAGCAGAAACAGUCACUACUAUGACAACAGUACCGAUCUCCCAUGUGCAGGUUCCCAACAUUGUACACCAACCACCAGGCGUUUACCCUGCUGCUGGCUACGGCACUGCCGAACAGCAACCUAAAUAAGCAGUAGAGUUCUGUGGGGUAAUAUGGGACACCUUUACCACAUAAUAUCCAAAUAUCCUGACCGUGUUUUAAACAAUUAAGAACAGUCUAUAGGAGUUGUGAGGAUAUGGUUUUAUAAUUAUUUGAAUGUUCUUUUAAUACUACCAA